AUGGAGGAACCUCAAACGUCCUGGCAAGAUUCAAACGAUGUCCUCCAAGGCAUCAUGGUCGGCCAAGAUACCCACCACUCGGAGAUCGAUUUCAGACCAAGCCUCGGUAUGGACUCAUCCAACUCCCUCCUCGACCUCCACCUCAACACCGACCUCGGUCUGGACAACACCCACGCCAACCAGUCCGCCUUUCUAGGCCCCUGGCCCUCUGCUUCUUCGCAAAGCUUUUAUUACCCGCACUAUCCUGCCCGAAUGACCGGCGGCCAGGAUGCGUGGAACCCGCUGCAGGUCACCGGGGUUCCGGACCCGAACCCGUCCACCAUGUCCCACAUGAAUGUCUCGGGCGGGGAAGACUAUGCUUUCCAGAAGCCGCAUUAUCGGACGCCCUCUGAUAGUGGGAGUCAGUGUAUGGGGAGCUUUGUUUCGGAUUCCGGGUAUGGGAGUAAUGCGACGCAGUCCGUUGUUGCGUCUUCGUAUGGGCUGGAUUCGAGUCCGCAUCUUGGUGGGAAGGAGCAUGGGUUUGCGGAGUCUGGGUCGUUCUUUGAGCAGGGUGGGGCCAAUGUUUUUGUCAGGGAUUAUGGGGAACAGUCGUUUGAGUCGGUGCGGUGUGAUGAUCCGGGCUGUUCGUGGAUCGGGAAGUGUCCUUCUGAUAAGAGAAAACAUGAGGCUCGACAUCGGAAGCUGUUCAAGUGUGAUGAGCCCAACUGUCCUCGCAAAGAAGGCUUUGGCACCAUCAACGAUCUCGCCCGUCACAAGAAGUGCGUUCAUAAUAAGGAGCCUGAGCGGGGCCCGAAGAUGAUGUACCUCUGUUUCGGGAAGAACUGUCCCCGUCCUAACAAGCGAUGGCCCCGUCUGGAUAAUUUCAAGCAACAUCUCAGCCGUAUGCACCACGACGAAAAUGCCGAGGCGUUGUUGAAAAAGUCUAUGGACUGGUACGAGAGCAUCACGGGCCACCGAGGCCAAAAGCUCGAAGACUCCGUCUCACUCGAUGCCUCAACAAUGGAAACACAAGAAGAAAUAAUGUCCAUCCACUCAGCAGAAUUGGACCUCGACGCCAGCAACACCUAUCACAACCAGGAAUCAGUAGACUUCCUCACAUCCCGCGCCCAAACGCCAAAGUCCUUCCACGUUCCACACAUGGACGCCCCAACAGGAAACCUACCCUCGCAAGCAUCCACCCUUAACGCACUGGGCCUUUCCCCCGCCCUCACAAACGAAAACCGCGAUCUAUCCACAGAACGCAGCACCCCCAACCCAGAGACAUUCGUCGCCGACGCCGCGGACAACUUGAUCAACGCCAUGACCAAAAAAAUGAAUAACCGCGCCCGACGACCAAGUCACCACAGCGACGAGGGAAUCGAGCUGGAAGAGAAUCCGAACCUCUCCAUCCCGCAACGCCAGAUGCUACAGAAAGUUCUCCUCGCCGCCCUGGAGCGACUAUCAGACAAUGCCUCCGCGGCUCCAGAACCAGCAGAUGAUAAGCAAGACUGGUUCCAAUGCGAUAUCUGCUCAAAGCGAACCCGCCUCCGCUGCGAAAUGAAAAAACACCAAAAACGCCACGAAAGACCCUACGGUUGCACAUUCCCGCACUGCGCCAAAUCCUUCGGCAGCAAAGCCGACUGGAAACGCCACGAAAGCUCUCAACAUCUGCACGUCGCCAGCUGGCUCUGCGCCAGACACGACCCCUCGAAGAAUGGCGCCUGCGGCCGGGUCUUCUACCGCGAGGAAACAUACGUGCAGCACCUAGGUCAGCAGCAUCGACUCCCCAAGACGCGCGUGCGGAGCGCGCUACUGUCGACGCGACUGGAUCUUGCCGGUCAGUCGUCGUAUUGGUGUGGGUUCUGUCGAAGGGAAGUUCCGCUGACUUCAGCGGGGGCAGCUGCGCUUGAUGAGAGGUUCAAUCAUAUUGAUUCGGAGCAUUUCAAGAAGGGGGAGCGUGGGGUGGAUUGGUGUUUUUCUUUUCAAGGGGUGGAUGUUGCCAAUGCGAGUAAUCAGGUGGUGGAGCAGGGGAUGGAGGGGAGGAGAAAGAGGAGGUGUUCUGGGUUGUGA